AUGCGCUCUUCUUUCGUCGCUCUCGUCGUCCUCGCCGCUAUCGGCAGCACCAUCGCUGCCCCUGCGCCAGGAAACUUUCUUCCCUACUCUACCGGCGGCAAAGGUGGAAACGGUGGCAGCGCUGUCAGCGGCAACUCGGGCUCCGCCAACGGCGGCUCUGUCUCCACAUCGGGCUUACGACGUCUUCGUCGGCUCUGGCGCAUCGGUGCGUGCUUACCCCCAUGUUUCUCAGCCAAGGGUGGCAACGGCGGUGUCUCUGUCUCGGGAAGCGCCACCGGCGGCGACGGCGGCAAUGGAGGCAGCACCAGCGGAUUCUUUGCUAGCAACGGAGGCAACGGCGGCACCGGCGGCAGCGCCAAGUCUGGCCAGUCUGGCUCUGCCAACGGCGGCUCCGUUUCCACGACGGGCAAAGAUGUCUUCGUCGGCUCUGCCAAGGGUGGAAACGGCGGCAUCAGCGUCACGGGCAGCGCCACUGGCGGCGAUGGCGGUAACGGCGGCAGCACCAGCGGAUUCUUCUCCUCUGGUAACAGCGGCAGUGGCGGCAGCGGAGGCAGCGCCACGUCCGGCAACUCCGGGUCCGCGAACGGCGGCUCGGUCUACACGAGCGGCAGCCAUGUCGUCGUGGGCAGCGCCCAGGGAGGCAACGGCGGCAUUAGCAAGAGCGGAAGCGCCACCGGCGGCAACGGUGGCAAUGGUGGCAGCAGCGGGCACUUCUUCUAG